AUGAGGUCCUCAUGCAAACAAGAGGAAGAAGAAAUGGAGAAUGAAGAAAUUGGUGAACAAGAAAUAGAUGAAGAUUUGGAUGAAGAAUUUGAUGAAGGCAUUAAGAUUUUACUUAUGGAAACUCAAACAUUAAUGCAAGUGCUACAUCAGUCAGAGGGGGAUGAAGGACAUAUUGAGCGUCCGCUAACUCGACGACGAAUUACUACUGUUGGAUAUGAUUAUAUACAUCAGGCAUUGAACGAGGAUCCCGCAAUUUUCCGACAGGUAUAUAGGAUGUAUCCUGAUGUGUUCCAAAAAUUAUGCACUAUCCUUCGAGAAAAAACACUUUUAAAGGACACAAGAUAUAUUUGUGUUGAAGAAAUGCUAGCAGCAUUUUUACAAAUUGUCGGUCAAAAUUCUAGAUAUUGUGUCAUUCGUAAAACAUUUGGGCGAUCACAAUUCGCCACAAGUGAAAAUUUUCACAAAGUUUUGAGGGCUUUGAAUACAAUAGCAUCUGAGUUGAUGGCUAAACCAGGAUCGGGAGUGCCAUCUAAAAUAAGAGAAAGUACAAGGUUUUAUCCUUAUUUCAAGGAUUGCAUUGGAGUUAUUGAUGGGACACAUAUUCCAGCAAUAGUGAGGGGACGCGAUGUCAGCAACUAUCGUAAUCGACAUGGAAAUAUAUCCCAAAAUGUAUUAGCGGCUUGCAAUUUUGAUUUGGAAUUCAUGUAUGUCCUUAGCGGAUGGGAGGGUUCGGCUCAUGAUUCAAAAGUGUUAAGUGAUGCUCUAUCAAGGAGGAAUGGUCUUAAAGUUCCUCAAGGUAAACAUUUCUUAGUGGAUUGUGGAUUUGCCAACCGACGCCAAUUUUUAGCUCCAUUUCGAGGUGUGCGAUAUCAUCUCCAAGAUUUUGCAGGUCAUGGUCGUGAUCCUGAAAAUGAAAAUGAGUUGUUCAACCUUCGUCAUGCGUCCUUAAGGAAUGUGAUCGAGAGGAUAUUUGGUAUUUUUAAAUCGCGCUUCACAAUUUUUAAGUCAGCUCCUCCAUUUCUAUUUAACACACAAGCAGAGCUAGUGUUGGCAUGUGCAGCAUUACACAACUUUCUUCGUAAGGAGUGUCGUUCCGAUGAAUUUCCUAUUGAGCCAACUGAUGAAUCUUCAUCAUCUUCAUCCUCAUCAAUACCAGUUGAUGAAGAGGACAAUUUUGAGCAGAUUUAUCAAACCCAAGACCAACAAAGAGAGGAUGCUAAUACAUGGAGAGCUAGCAUAGCUUCAGCUAUGUGGAGAGAUGCUAUCUAG